AUGGGUGACCACGGCCAGGUGCCAGACGAGCUCCGCGACGGGGCAUCGUGGGCAAGCUCCUCGAGGAGCUGCGAGGGCGAGCUCGGCCAUGGCACGGAGCGGGCGAGCCAGCUAGGGGCGGCGCGGGAGAGAUCCUCCAGGGACGGCACGGGCGAGGUACGCCAUAGCCGGCGCGGGCGACCACAGCGAGAUGCCGGUGCCGACGAGCUCCGCGAUGGGGCGGCGCGGGUGAGCUCCUCGAGGGGCGGCGAAGGCGAGCUCGGCCAUGGCGCGGCUGGGCAACCUCUAGCCAGGGGCGGCCGCGGGCGUGCGCAGGCAAUUACUGCUACCAGUACAAAGAAGGGUGAUCUGAUACUCGGUGAGAUCCAGUCACAGAUCAAGAACAAGGGAAUCACUGUAGAUGUGAAGGCCAACUCAGCCUCAAAUGUCAUUACUACAAUUACCGCUGAUGAGUAUGCGGCGCCAGGGCUGAAGACCAUCUUCAGCUUUGCUGUUCCUGAUCAGAAAUCUGGAAAGGUCGAGCUCCAGUACUUGCAUGAUUACGCUGGUAUUAAUGCAAGCAUUGGUUUGACUGCUAAUCCUGUUGUCAACCUCUCUGCUGCAUUUGGAAAUAGCGCUCUAGCUGUUGGUGCUGAUGUCUCACUUGAUACUGCCACCAAGAAUCUGACCAAAUACAAUGAUGGGCUUAGCUACACCAAUAAAGAUCUUAUUGCAUCCCUGAACUUGUGAGUUUUCAAAAUCUAGCU